AUGGGCAACAGAUCCAGCGACAGCAACAGAGCCAGUGAAUAUAUCGGAGGAAGAUUUGGUGAGGUCAAUCCAAAUGGGGUUCUUUUCUAUAACAAGAUCUUGGAUAAUCUCAUACUUAGAGGAAUUAAACCGUUUGUAACGAUUUACCAUCAUGAUUUCCCUCAAGAACUUCAAGAUCGAUAUGGGUCUUGGCUCAGCCCGUUAAUGCAGGAAGACUACGUCCACUACGCAGAAACGUGCUUCAAGUACUUUGGUGAUCGAGUGAAGCAUUGGACCACGAUCAAUGAGCCAAACCUGUUUACACAAAUGGCCUACAUAAAUGGAAAGUAUCCACCUGCUCGCUGUUCACAACCAUUCGGCGAUUGUUCAGCUGGAAAUUCUGAUAUCGAGCCUCUUAUUGUUAUGCAUAACUUGUUGUUGGCACAUGGCAAGGCUGUGAAGCUAUAUCGAAAGGAUUAUCAGCAUGAUCAAGGUGGGUCAAUCGGGAUUGUGGUUGAUUGUUUAAUGUACGAGCCACUGACAGAUGAUGAUCUUGAUCAAGAAGCUGCUAACAGAGGCUUGGCUUUCUCUAUCGGCUGGGCAUUGGAUCCACUAAUCUUUGGUGAUUAUCCCUCGGAAAUGCGCCAGUAUCUUGGAAAUCAACUGCCAAGAUUCUCCGUUGACGAAAGGAAGUUUAUGGCAGACAGUAUCGACUAUAUUGCAGUCAACCAUUAUUCAACUGCAUUUGUGAAAGAUUGCAUUCAUUCUAGUUGUAGUUUAACCGCCAACCGAGCAAUUAGCGGUUUUGUGGAUGUAACUAGAGAACGAGAUGGUGUUCAAAUUGGUGAACCAACGGGCAUUUUAAUGCUGCCGGUAGUUCCAAGAGGCAUCGGAGAAAUGAUCGGCUAUCUAAAGAAGAGAUACAACAACAAACCCAUGUUUAUUACUGAAAAUGGGUAUUCUGAACCAAAAGGGCAAGAAGUACAAGUUCAAGAUAUACGAAAAGACGUCAAGCGAAUAGAAUUUCACAAAAUGUACCUCUCGUCUUUGGCCGAAGCAAUCAGGGAUGGUGCCGAUGUAAGGGGCUAUUUCGUGUGGACAUUGAUGGAUGAUUUUGAAUGGAUUCUCGGUUACAGUGUCAGAUUCGGCUUAUACUACAUUGAUCGCCAAACGCUUGAUCGGAUCCCCAAGUUGUCAGCAAGGUGGUAUCAAGAUUUCUUGAAAAACGACACUAAAGCACCAGCAAUCCGAAUAUCGGACCUGGUACACAAGCAAGCGUAUUCAUAAGUGUUCGGACAUACAAAUUUCGUGUUGUAACUUGUGAACUUUUAUAUGGGUCGACGCCUAUAUAUACACGUCGAGUAUAUACACAAAUUUGAUUAGUUUGCUGUACCCGUUGAAGAACAAUAAAGGGAGUGAUUCCUUUUUUCA